CAUGGCGGUGAUGGCGGCCUGCUAGUAAUAAAGCUUAGUCCGAUCGGUUUGAUUUAAUUGUUUUGGCUUAUUUUCCAUUAGCAGAUGGAAAAAGGUAGAAAGAGGUCUCGUGAUUAUCAUGAAAGAGAAAAGUCGCCUACCGGGAAAAGGAAAAGCUGCACUGUCUGGGAAGAUCUACGUUCCACUCUAGACGAACUCUUCUUCCGCGACUGUGAUUUGAUUAAACGGUUUGUCUAUGUUCAUUCACUGUAAGAUGAAGUUAAUACAGUCAUUUCCCAGGAUACGCCAAUUUAUGCUGAAUAGCCUAUCUUGUGUUUAUCAGUGGAACUCAAGAUUAUAAGGACUUCUGGUUAUUUCUGGAACGGUAUGAAGCCUUUCACAGUAAGAGACAAAAAGAAAAGCAAACAAAUGGUGAGAUAUGUGAAUUGCUUCGAGGUUAACUCUUUUACUGUCUCAAUGGUUUUAUUUGUUUAUCUAUUUGUAUUUGUCAAUAACAGAAGAGCAAUUUAUGGAAACUACUGAUUUAACCAUCAUCAUCAUCAUCAUUAUUAUUACUAUUUGAAAAAAGUGUUGUUCACUCUGCAAUUGGGAGAUUUACCAUCAUUAUGAGUUAAGCUUAGUGUGAGUGACAAUGUACUUUCAUUAACUCCUCGUCACUUUGAAUACUGUUUUCAUUUAUAAAUAUAUUUUUCAAAACAGCAAAGGACACUAAAGAUUGGAGGUCCCCUAAACUAGGACUCCCUUUAUCAUACGACAGAAGGUAUAAGAUAAAUGUUGCUCUGUUGUCAAAAGAUAUUUCUGAUGUAACUGGAUACAGCACCACUGGAACUAAGAAAGGUAAAUUUACUGAUAGACUUUGAAUCAUCAUUAAUGCAAAUACUAGUCACCUGAUAAACUUUGAAUUAGACCAGUUUGAUUUUUAGGUAAUUUUGUUUCUGUUAAUGAAGAAAAGACAAAACAUACAGUGAAACAGGUGUGAAUAGACUGAAAGGAAAUACAACAAAUUUUUUCUUUAAAGAUAUAUUUUUUGUUAUGUUUUCACAGUUUACUCCUCUUUGGACAAGAAAAGCAAGCCAUGGGGUAAUGAGCUAUCAAGAGAAGAGUUUUUGGAAUUUAAAUCCAUCAUAUUGUUUUAUAUUGAUUUUUGUCAGAAGCAAAAGGUAAUGGAUUGUUAUAAUAAUAAUAAUAAUAAUAAUAAUAAUAAUAAUAAUACUUAUAAUAAUAGUUUGAGCAUAAACAUUCUUCAGCAUUCUUAAAACAUGUUUAAUGUGAUUCUUCAGUAUUACACUGUGCAUCCUCUACUCAGUGUAAAAUCAUAUAAUCAGGCCCAUAGGUGCAUAUGCUUUGUAAAUAGGAAAAAUUUAAAAAGAAUAAUCAGAGGUAAAAAUAGAUAUAGCUUAAAAAUGUGUACAAAGCUCAUAGCUCAAGGAUGUAAAUUAUGACCUUGAAAACAACUGUUUUGAGGUUAUGUCAUUUAAGAAUUGCCUGAUUUUUGAUAAAGUACAGAUCAAGUUGUUCCUUAUGCUUGAGACUUUCUACCUAUCAAGUAUCAGCUACAAAUGUACCAUGAACUGAUGAAAUAAUGUGCAUGAUCAGUAACAGCGCAGCCAAACAUUGGGGUACGAUUAGCGCCCCAUAUCUCCUGAGCAAGCAUGUUGACCUACCUUUUUUGUGUGGUUCUCAAAACAGAGAUUGGUAGGGAACAUUCAAAGGAAAGUUUUAGAAGGCCACCUUUAAUACAAAACCAUACACAUAACUAUUGUAAUAAAUAAGUAACAUUUUUCUUUUUUUUUUCACUGCCUUUUGUAGUUUUCCAAAUUAGUGAAGUUGAAGAAGGACCAGGCAAACCUUCCCAUAAGCAAUUUUAAAGAGCAGAUUAUUGAUGCAUUGGGAAACAACCAGGUGGUUAUUAUUGCUGGUGAUACAGGGUGUGGAAAGUCUACACAGGUAAUACAAUAAGAGUACUGUACAAUCAUGUGAUUGGAAAUAACAACCUUUGCAUACUAUUAUCAUAUUCUAUGGCUGGGAAGUUGGUGUGAUCAUGAAUUAAUGCGGUAUAGUGGACACUCAUAUGGAUGCAUGUAUACAGAAGUGCAUUGGAAGGAAAUUUCCAAUCAGAAUCACAAAAUCUCUGUCUAGCCCUAAAUUACAAACAAUACCCAACUCUGUUGAUUCUACAUGUAAUAAGGAUGUUUCAUUAUGCACUGUAGUUGAUAGGACAGUAAGUUUAUUUGAACCUUUGAACUACUGGCUUAAGAGUCAAUGAGUUAGAUAUUUGUAGGGGGUUUCCAUUGAGAAAAUUAAUGUAGUAGCAUGAGAAUAGUGUAAAGUAAUCAUAGAAGAUUCUCACCAGUAUAAAUAAAAAAACAGCUUAGGCCAUUUAAAUUUAAUGGAGGAACUGUGUGCUGUAACCAGAGAAUUCUCCCUCUUCCAAUGCACACAGCAUUAUAAUGUGAAACAUAUUUUAAUGAAAAACAUGACAAUCGUUUCUUCGUUUGGUUUUACUUUUUUUAAAGGUUCCUCAGUAUCUUUUGCAUGCUGGCUACACACAAAUUGCAUGCACUCAACCUCGACGGAUCGCUUGCAUUUCAUUGGCCAAAAGAGUAGGGUACGAAACUCUGAAUGAAUAUGGAUCCCAAGUGGCUUAUCAGGUACAAUUUAUGGUUCCUUUUGAUUCUUGAGAAAUAAAAUAAUCAUCAAAAUCAUCACUCUAACACACUAGCCACAAUUAUGUCAAAUUCAGAACCUCUGCAUUUUUAAAGAUUUUUCUAAACCUACUUGUGGGAAACAAACUCACUGUUGAGUACUGGUGCUCAGCCAGCCAGCAUCAAGUAAUCAUUCCUUGUUGACUUCCAAAAGUUCUCUCAUGAUUAAGAAAAAAAUGUCCUCUGUCACAGCUGUACACAUACUGUAUAAUAUAUAAACAAUUAUAAGUAUCUCUCAGUUGGUACUCUUGCUAUGACUGGUCAGUUUAGCCAGCUAUAUUUUAUUGUACAUCCUGCUAAAUUCAAUUGUUUGAAUUGAAUUUUUCCCCUCUAUUUGAAGCCAGAGGUGUAAUAAAUAUCUUUACUUACUGACCUUAUUUCUUUGUCUGUACUGUAAGUUAUGGAAUCUCAGUCUUUCCCUUUGGGUUUAUAACCCAUACACUCCUAUCUUGGGCCAUAAAUCCACGCAGAAAAAAAAGAUAGGUCCAUAACAUGCAGUUAUUGUAAAGAUCUCAAAAUCAGUUGGAAAGAGGUAUCUAUACACUAAGCAUAGUUGCUAAGUAUUAUUAAUAGUACAUGCAUCGGCAGUUUAUUGCAUACAUAUCCAAUUCAUCUGUUUACUUGUAUUCUUUACUUAAUAAGAAACCUCACCCAAGUUAAAUGAAUUGUUCAAAAUAUAUGUUAAAUUAAUCAACUUUUGAAAUGGAUAUUACUGCAGAUUCGUUUUGAAAGCAGUAAGACCCUGGGCACCAGAAUUUUGUUCCUGACUGAAGGUUUGUGAACAAUUUUCUCUGUCUUUUUUGAUCACUCAUUCAAUGGUAUAUCUUAAAUCAUAGCUGCAUUCAAGUUCACAAAAUGUAGAUUUCUUUAUGUAGAUUCAGAUUUAAUUAUAAGUUGUAAAACCUUGCGAAUCUGAUUUGGUUUUUUUUUUAAAAUUUUAUGAUCAGUGGAUUUAAAACUUUUUGUUUUGCACUUCAGAUAGAUAACAAUCUAACCUGUAUUAAGGGGUGCCACGUUAAGUGGUCACCCUCUAUUAAGUAAUCAGUUGUCAAAGUCCCAGAUUUCUUUCCUCUUACUCACAGUAAUUUUCACCUCUUUUUAGUGGUCACCUAAACUAUUUUGUGGUUGUGAUUGUCCCUUGCUAAGUCCCAACAGCCUGUUUGUAUUUUUCUUCACCCUUAUUGAACAGUUACUUAAGUGGAUCCACUCAAAUUAAACUAAGAAUAUUCUUUCUAGUAAAAUUGAUUCCAUUUUAUUUCCCAAAAUCAAUGUUAGUAGUAUUUUUGGGCAAUUUUUUGUACAUUAAGUGUUCAAUUAUGGCAUAAAAAUAGCAGUUUUUAUGUUACCCCUCUUCUAAAGAAACUGUAUAAAGUGGUCUCCUUGCCAUUCCCCAGAGUGACUGCUUAAUACAGGUUUGACUGUAAUUGGCUCUUUUCUUGUUGGUAAACAAUGAAAACAUUGAACAUGCUCAUGGACAGAAAACUUAAUAUGGACUCAGGAGGUGAACUCUUGCAUAGGAAUACAAAGUUGUAUUUGUAUUGCUGAAGUGAAAAUUUGUAAUUCCUGAAAAAAGGAAAAAAUGACAAGUGACAUGGUAUCUUUGACUAUGGGGAAAUGAACUGGUAACAAAGACUAAAUAUGCUUUGCAUCCGUUGUGCUUGAAAAUUAUGAUCCAUUUCCUCUGUGCUUUCACCUUUUUUAUCUUGCCAUUACUCUUGACGUGGUAAAGUGCUUUGUUUGGAGGGUAUUGUCACAAAUGCAGUCAUUGUUGAAAUUAUAUUCAUUUUGAUGUACACGUGUAGGCUUGUUGUUGCGUCAAUUAUCUACCGACCCCACCCUCAGUCAGUACAAUGUUAUCGUGGUGGAUGAGGUACAUGAGAGACAUAUUCACGGAGACUUUUUACUUGGUGUUUUACGUGGUUUGCUGCAGGCCCGUGCUGACCUUAAGCUGGUUCUAAUGUCUGCCACCAUAAAUAUCAGGUAAGAGGGAGAGAGGGGUGGAUGCGGCAAUUUUUAGACGAAAUAUGUGACUGAAAGGAACUAAAUAUUUUUUUACUUCUCUUGUUCUUUAGCCUGUUUGCCGGCUAUUUUACAGGAGCGCCAGUUAUUCAGGUUUGUGGCACUUGUUUGAUAGAUGGACCAUUUAUGAACACUGUAAAAGUUUCAGUUUGUCUGUCAUUUUUCUGCUCUGCUUCCUGUCCAGCAUUAUUGGGUCUUACCAGCUCAUAUUUUAGGCGUUUUUGCCCUAUUAUGGCAAAAUGAAGUAGUGGUGGAAAAUUGAAUUUUUGUGAACUUUCCUUUUUACAGAUUCCAGGUCGUUUGUAUCCCAUUGAAGUUCGGUACCAGCCUCCAAAAGUCGAGGUUAGUGACAUGUAGGGAAGCUUAUUUUUCUUAAGCUUCCUAAUCUCCGUUCUGUCCCAUUGCAAAGUAGAAGAAAAAAACAUUCCACCUAGAAUUUGGGAUGGCAUGAGAGAGGCAAAAUGAAUUGUGCAGUAAUCAGUUUUGUCUGAUUGACCUUGGCACUAAAGGUUUUCGUCUCCCUAUAUGGUGAAAUACCGUGUUUUGUGGCUUACGACGGUCAGACAACGACCAACUCAAUAUACUGCGGAUAAAAACGUACCCUGUGGCACUCGUAGUAUUAUACCAGGGAAAAUGAUCUUACAGGCGAGCCUAGGGACCAAAACGGCUGGAGUUUAUUGCGCUUUUCUUUGCACCGAGCGACUGGAAGUAUUAAUAUUCCCUCUGGAUAGAAGGCUUCUCUAGCGCUUGUUGCCUUCAGCUGUUCAUAAGGUUUGCCUCACAGCUUCAGCUCCUCCCUUUGAUAAUUGCGGUUAGUUCGAGUGCACUAGUCCUGCUUCUGGUGAGUUCUGGAGCAUAAGAACCAGACUCCAUUUAGCCAAAUCAUCGAGGCAUUUUUUAAUCGGUGUUUGUUAUUAAAAGCAGCUGUCUUUCUCAACAGUUUUCAAGCAGCUCAAAACGAUGGGAGAGACUGGACCCCGCUCCUUACGUCAGAAUCAUGCAGCUUAUUGAUCACAAGGUUGAUUAAAAUGUUUUUAUUGUUUCAUCGUAAGCUCGAUGUUGAUUGAAUUCAACAGAUAAAUAUUUGACAAAGGGACACCAUGCAUCAGUUUUGUUGUUGUUAUUUUCUUUUCCAGCUUUAUUUUUAUCUGUUAACCGAAACAAACCCGAGAACAAGACCUAGAAAUAACCAUGGUGACUUGAAAGUGUCUGUGAUUUUUUUCGAAUAUCGUACAUUUAGCCAAUUUUAAACCUUAUCGUGCUGUCCUAGUAGAAUUUGAAAACAAUCAGAAUGCUCUCGGAGAGUAAAUUAGAAUCAAAACGCAAAAUUAUAAUUCUCCCUAGGAAAUCACAAACACAGAGUGCUUUGCGUUAAAAAAGUUUUCAUUAGAUAAAAUAGAAAGGACAAGACAGCAAGAAAACAAAAUGAUAAAGAAGCAUCUAAUUUAAAAAAAAAAAGGUUUCCUUCGAGCCGGAUUUGAACCAGCGACCUAAGGAUAUCAUCUUUACCUCUACAGUCCUCCGCUCUACCAACUGAGCUAUCGAAGGAAGAUCGAUAGUUUUGUUGGUCAUUCCGCUGCUGUUUUUGCCCUUGUGGCUACCGCAACUUAUUGCAGCUUAGCCCAGAGCCUACUCAUGGUCCUGACGCUGAUGCGCAAGUAUUGUUUUCUUGCUCACAUUUUCACAGAUUACACUUCGAGAGCUGUGAAAAUUACCUUCAAGAAGGCUGAUAGUCCAUCAGAUCAGUACCCGAACUCCGUUGCGUUUGUUAGCCGCUCACCAGUUUGGUUAUUUCUAACCUGAUGUGUUUCUGUUCAUACAAAUAGUACCCGUCAACAGAGCGAGGAGAUGUUCUGAUGUUUCUCAGUGGCAUGGCCGAAAUUACAACGGUUGUUGCUGCUGCUAAGGAGUAUGCGCAACAGUCUCGCCGGUGGAUAAUACUCCCGCUUCACAGCUCACUGUCUGUAGAGGAGCAAGAUAAGGUGGAUAUGGAAAAGAAGUUGUUUUGUUUUAUUUUAUUUUCAGGUCUUAAAUUGCACUAAUACCUUCAAUUAUCGAUUAGUUUAACUACUUAAACAAUUGAUCGUAAUACAAACUUUUCCUUAUACCAUUGAAUUGACAGUACAAUCUUUCGGACUUUGUCAAUGGUACCAGUACAUUGUUGGCCAUAAAAUGUUGUUGAGAUAUAUAUUGUUUUAAUCAAAGUCGUUCUUUUAAAGAUAAAACACAACCUGUAUAGUUUGGUUUUCUUGCUCCCGCUUUAUAAAAAUGCGGCACAGCCAUUAUAAAAUGACAUCGACAGGGCCGCGACAGCUAGAGAAAGUCCAGCAAACUGCCUCCUACUUCCUUAGCGGUUUAUUCCCAUAAGAGUCACACCCCAUAACCCCACCCACUCCUCCCGAUAUACGUAGACUAGCUAAAAUGUCCAUUUCAGUAUUCUUUGUACAUAAAGUGAUAACGGAUGUCUGUGGGCGAAGCUAUAAACUGGUGGUCAGUAUAGUAGAGUCGCAUGAACAGGCCUUGAUUCGAGCGAUAGGGAUAGAAAUAAAUACUGAAUGGUAAGAGACUGGGGGACACAAAGAAUGUUGAAGAACGUUUUUUGGUCGGUAGGUUUUUGAUGUGCCUCCUGAAGGUGUUCGCAAAUGUGUUGUGUCCACAAACAUCGCUGAGACUUCCAUCACAAUCGAUGGCAUCAGGUUCAUUGUGGACUCUGGAAAGGUAACUUUACUUUUGUUAUAUUUUAUUUUCUUAAGGAACAUUACAGAUCUCGACAUGCUCUUAACUUCGAUUCUCCUUUAAUGACGUGUAACUGUGAAAUGCGCUUUUUACUACUUUACAACCAUCUGAUAAAGUAACAAUUAAAAUAACAGAUACUUAUUUCUUGCCUUUCGGUAUAUACUUUCGUCGUAUUGAGCUUCCCUCGGUCACUGGUCUUGUGGUUUUAUUUAACUAGGGAGGUUCUCGAAAGGAUUUGCGUAGAUUUGAUGCCGCCUGAUGAAGUAACUGUUUCUGAAUGCAGAAUAUACGAAAAACUAUGGUUUUAGGCUGAAUUGACCUCGCCUGUUUCUUGUUUUGGACUCAGUUAGAUUGAGAAUAAUUUUUUAACGAAAACAUUCGGUUCUGAUUUAUUCAAAGGUAAAGGAGAUGAGCUAUGAUACUGAAGCUAAAAUGCAGCGACUGCGUGAGUUCUGGAUAAGUCAAGCGAGUGCAGAGCAGCGCAAAGGAAGGGCUGGUAAGUCGCUGUCACAGCGUCUGAAACAUACAUACAUUCGAAGUUUCAUUCACAUUUCAUAAUACAUGGGCGCGCGUAGAUAUGGAAUUUCUCCUCGAGUAUUUAACUCGAUAGCUCACGAGUAAGCGCAGCGAACGAGUGAGAUGUCGAAUUGAACAUAAGAAGAGGAAUUUAUUAUCUACAAGCAUCCAUGUAUUAUUUUUUUUAUCAUAUAAACACAAUAGCCCUUUACUGACAAAAAAAAGUCGACUUGACCAAUGAAUGAAAACAAAAGGAUCGACAUUCCUUGUAUAAAAAUCGUAAAGUGGGUUGGCGCUAAGGCUCAAGAUGAAAACAUGCGUUGAAAAAUUACGAGAACAAGCAAUGGGCGUAAUUUUCAAUGUACAAAAUUCUUAGUUAUCGACUUGGUCCUUACCGACAAAAGAAAUCUUUCAGGUACACGGCCAAAAUUGGCCUGUGGCAAAUCGCCUUGUUGUCGAUUUUCGUUCUCAGCCGCGAGAAAUGCCAUUACCAAAGCCACUGAAUACGUAACUUUCGGUUUUUCUUUCAGUAUUUUGGUUUUCUUCCCCUCCUAGGAAAGUUUGAACGUCACCGUCACUGGCUAUAAGCGAUACGAAUUUUUCAGUGUCUAAGCAGCCAUUAAUCCGAAAAGUUUCCGACAAACGACUUUGUGUUGAGAAUGGUGAAGGCUUCGCCAUUCAUUCAUCAACCUGACCGAGUGGUGCGAAAGGCGAGUAACGUGUCAGCAGCUGAUUGGUGAUAUCAAAGACACGUGAAAAAAUAUCGUAUUUUUUCACGUGAGUUGUUACAUCUUUUCUCGGGGCUGGAAAUCCUUGUAUAACACCGUUGUUUAUACGAGUGAGAUGCCGAGUUGAACACGAGAAGAGAAAUUUUAUAUCCACAAGCAACCAUGUAUUAUUUUGUUUAUCAUAUAAACACAAUAGCCCUUUUAUUUAGAAGUAGAGUCGACUUUACUAAUGAAUGAAACUAAAAGAGUCGACAAUCCCCGAAUAAAACUUAUAAAGUGCGUUGGUGCACUCAAGAUGAAAACAUGCGUUGAAUCACUACAAAAACAAACAGUGGGUCUAAUUUUCAAUAUAAAAAAUUCUCAGUUUUUGAAUUGGCCCUUACCGACAGAAUAAAUCUUUCAGGUACGAGGCCAAAAUCGGCCUGUAGCAAAUAUUCCAGUUGUCAAUUUUCGUUCUCAGCCACGAGAAAUGCCAUUAACAAAGCCACUGUAUACGUAACUUACGGUUUUCUUCGCCUUCUAGGAAAGUUUGAACGUCACUGUAAGCGAUACGGAAUUUUGAGUGUUUAAGCAGCCAUAGUCCGAAAAAAUUUCCGACAAACGACCUUGGAUUGAGAACGGUGAAGGCUUCGCCGUUCAUAAUCAACCUCACCGAGUGGCGCGAAAGGCAAGUGACGUGUCAGCAGCUGAUUGGCGAUGUAAAACACAUGAAAAAAUAUCGUAUUUUUUCACGUGCGUUGUUACGUCUUUUCUCAGGGCUGGAAAUCCUUGUAUAACACCGUUGUAAAUAUCAUUAUAUGAAUUGGCGAACGUAGAGAAUUUCUAAAGUUGACCUCUCAAGCGUCAGACCUUCGUCAGAGCGAGGGGCUAACGCCUGCUUUGUCUCAUGUUAGUCAGCUUCAUCUGUGGUUACUCUUGGUUGCAUCAUUUUAGGUCGUACGGGUCCUGGUGUGUGUUUUCGUUUAUAUUCUGAGAGUGAUUAUCAAGCCUUUUCGCAAUACACCACUCCUGAGAUUCAGUUGGUACCUUUAGACUCCAUCAUUCUGCAGAUGGUCUCUCUUGGUAUUAAUCGCAUCCGCGAGUUCCCCUUCAUAGAACCACCACCAGCAUCCAACGUUGAAAACUCAAUUUACACUCUUAAGCAACAAGGUGCUCUGACAGAUGAUGAAGCCUUGACACCUAUUGGACAAAUGUUGGCUCAGUUGCCUGUUGAUGUCGUCAUUGGAAAGAUGCUUCUAAUUGGCUCAGUGUUCCACGUGAUUGAACCCGUUAUGAUCAUAGCUGCAGCUCUCAGUGUUCAAUCUCCUUUCACACAAAAGAUGGGUUAUGACUCUGUAGUGGCGUCACUAAGGCAGCCUCUAGAGUCUGACCAUGGCGACCUGUUUACGCUGCUGAAUGCCUACGAUGAGUGGCUACAGGUUAGUUGACGAUCACUAUAUAUCUGCUGCUAAAUAGCUAUGACAGGUAAUGAAAUAUAGCAAAUAGGGCACAGAUUACAAGUUUCGAACGAACCUGCCGUUACUCCUAGAAAUUAUCCCCGGGUUUGGAAACUUAGACUGAUGCCUAUUACCUGACCGCGAAGCCUCUUAGACUCCUUUUGGAUUAUCCUGAUUGAACCCAAUGAACUAAUUAACAUGACAGCGCUAAAGAGCUUCUUGUAAUGCGCAUGCUUCGGAAAAAAAACAUCGUGGAGUAAGAAUAGUGUAAACGUUUACGUUGUCCACCUACAUUUUGUUUGAAUACACUAAUUGAAAUGAACUUUUGAAAUGUGAAUAUGUCGGUCAGUGAAUAAGAAAGAGUUUUCUCCCUCAUUUGGUUUUCUAGGUGAAAAGUCAUGGAAGCUCUUCUCGGAAGUGGUGCAAGCGCAGAGGUCUGGAAGAACAGCGUUUUUAUGAAAUGUCCAAACUAAAACGUCAAUUCGAAUCGCUCCUGCGGGAUCAUCACUUGAUGGAUCUCGAGGAACGUGAUGAGGAUGCGGAAGACCGGGAUCGGGAGGAAGAUAAAAGGCGGGAAUUGAAGAAACUGAAACGAAGACAUCGCAAAGAAACACGGAAAACAAAAAUGCUAAAACUGGACGAGGACCAGGAAAGCGGAGACGAAAGAGAUGAGGAGACUGGAACUGACAUCCGCGAUCUAGAAUUUAAGCUUACACACGACCUGGACAAGCUUGAGGCAGGAAGUACAACGAGGCGCAGCUUCACAUUGCGAGACAUAAAUUUGCUGAAGAUUAUUCUCUGCAGUGGACUGUACCCUAACCUGGCUUUGCCAGAUGAGAACAACACGAACAAAAGGGACUCGGAGCAGUUGUUUCAUAGCAAGGCAAAGCAAUUCCUUCAGGUUCUUCCUACCAGUGUGUUUGCCAGUCGACCUCAACUACUACAACUCACUGAGUCCCCAGUUAAUUAUCAGUUGCUCACGUAUGUCUCUCUUUUGGAGACCAGCAAACCGUAUUUAGUACAAGCCAUGCGAGUCCCAGCGUUACAAACUCUUAUGUUGUUUGCACAAAGCUUGGACACUAACUCAGAUUUGACACGCUUUGUUGUAGACGGUUGGCUUGAAAUCUCCUUUCCAGAUAACAACACCGGGCAGGAGGUGAUGUUCUCUGUCCAACGGCUACGCUCCACUUGGGUUCGCCUGUUGAAGCUAAGAUUUGAUGAGAUUAAAGACAAGCAGGAUCGUAGUGCUACACGACGAAACAGAGAACUGGACUUGGAAAGUCAUCUGGCCAAAAAGUUGUCUGAAUUCUUGGACAGUAAUGUCACUUACUCACUCCGACGACUUCUGCCGUCUGAAAGCCGAUACUUGUAUCUUGGUCCUCUCGGUCAAAGUCAGAAUGAUGACAGGUUGGAGGAUGCCUCUGGUUUGCCUUUCACGGGAAGCCUGGAACCGCACCCAACCAAGGGGGGCUUCCGUGUGAGUGAUUAUCUGACCUACAGCUGCCUACAAGACACUGUCAUGGCCGAGGCUGCCUCUGCCGCCGCUCAAUACAUUGCUAAGCAUUGGCGGUGCGAGAAAUGCGGCCAGAAAAUGUUGGUGACUGUUUUGGAAAGGUUGAGACAUGAAGAAGAAUGCCAGAAUGAACAGGCCCAUGACUCAAACGACCCAGUGGUUGAGUCUCAUAAAGACAAGGUAGCCGUUAACCCAUCAAUCGAGAGGUUAAGAAAGUCAUAUUAUUGCAACACAUGUCAAUCACAAUUCUCAUUUACAAGUACUGAAAUUUUAAAGCAUAAGAAGUCCCAUUUGUCUUCUACAUAGGUAGAAGUAAUUAAAGUAAGUAUUUCUUCUUUCUAGACCGUUUUCAUCGGUACAAUUCUGUAUACGUGGUACCCUCAGAGUCAUGGUUGUCACAUUUUUUCCUCUUUCAGUAGUGUGUUGAGGCUGAUAAUAAAUAAAUACCAACUUCUAUGGAGGGGG